CAACGUAUCAAGAGCUUAGUUCAGGUAUUCUAAARUURACAAAGUGACCCUUUCCCACCUGUCGCCAUAGCAACACAUUUSAAUGGGACACUAGCAACAGGUGAUGAAUGGCCUCAGUUUCAUGCCAACACUUUAAAACAUUUUAAAGUCUUUAUCUACCGAGGAUUAAAAGACGGCCAUGAAUUUACUCUGGUUUUUAUCAUUUCUUAGUUUUUAUUUUAUUAGCCAAGUUGUCUCUGAUACUACAGAGUCACUGGACAAAGGAUGGGGAAAUGAAAUCAAAUGGAUGGGUCUACAACAAGCAAAAACAGAAGCUACAAAAAGCAAUAAGCCUAUCAUGGUUCUUAUCACUAAAAGCUGGUGUGGAGCAUGCAAAGCACUGAAACCAAAGUUUGCAGAAUCGAAAAACAUUGCAGCUCUAAGCAAACACUUUCUCAUGGUUCACCUUGAGGACGAAGAGGAACCCAAAGGAGAAGAGUUUCAAGUUGAUGGAAGAUAUAUACCGCGAGURUUCUUCCUUGGUGCAGAUGGUAAAAUUAUGAAAGACAUUAUCAAUACAAAUGGAAAACACGUCAAAGAGUUCAARUACUAUUACGGCAAAGUAUCUCAAAUUGUCAGCAGUAUGAAGACAGCUCUCAACAAACUCAACAUCUUGUUCGAGGAUGGAUUGUCUAGAGGAUUUGGUGAUAACAUUAACUGGGUGGCGUACAAAGAUGGCUUACAACAAGCAGAAGAAAGUAAAAAGUCGCUUCUUUUGCUCAUACACAAGAGUUGGUGCGGGGCCUGCAAAGUGAUAGAGAAAUACUGGAAUGAGGGCACUGAAUAUCCCCACACAAAAUACUACUACAGCAAAGCCGAUGAGUUGACCAAAGCCAUGGAAAGAGUUUUGAAAGGAACCGAAGAAGAAACAAAGAAAGCUGAAAAGAAGAAAGAAGAAACAAAAGAAGAAACAAAAGAAGAAAAGAAGCCAUGGUGGACACCUAAAGGUGGUCUUCAAGACGAUCUGUCUAAUGGUUUCGGCAAUCUUAUCCAAUGGCGUACUUACAAAGACGGCCUGGAACAAGCUAAAAAGAGUAACAAGCCUAUGGUGGUCAUMUUCAGCAAGACUACUUGCCCAUCAUGCAAAGCUUUGAAAGGACGUUUUUCUACCGAUAAGAAGCUGGCCGAGUGGAGCAAGAAGUUUGUUAUGGUGAAUGUAAAGGAGAAYGAAGGACCAGAAGGCAAAGAGUUUACACCAGACGGUGAUUAUGUACCRAGAAUACUGUUCCUAGAUCCUAGCGGUAAAGUCAUGAGUGGUUUUUGGAAUGAAGGAACGAACUAYAAGCAUGUCAAGUAUUACUACCAAGACGGGGAUGAACUGAUCGAUUCAAUGAAGAGAGUCAUUAAGAAAUUCAAGAAGCCCGCUAAGGAUUAUGGAUUCGGAACAAGCUUUGAUUCUUUCAAAAAGAAAUUUGCUGCUUCUGAAAACCUAAUUCGAAUGGGCCGCAAACUUGUGAUGGUUAAUAUAGAGGACGACGAUGCCAAGUUGGAGAAACAGUUUGAUGUCGAUGGAGCUUACGUUCCAAGGAUUUACUUCAUUGAUCCCUACACGAAGAUGGUUAUGAAGGAUGUCUAUAACAAAGAUCCGGUUUACGCUGAAUUUAAGUUCGCUUAUGCAGAACCAAAAGAACUGUUGACCUCAAUGAGAAGCGCAGUGAAGAUAGGUGUUUCCAAGCCAGUUCCACAAGGUUUUGGUACAGAAAUCACGUGGGUUCCUUUGAAUGAUGCACUUUCCCAGGCUAAAAACAGCGAGAAGCCAGUCAUGAUGAUCCUUCACCGAUCAUGGUGUCAGCACAGUCAAGCUCUAAAGUCUAAGAUUGCAGAAUCUCAGGAAAUAGCAAAACUAAGCAAAGACUUCGUCAUGGUUAACCUAGAGGACGAUGAAAUUCCUGAAAAGAAAUACGACAUUGACGGGUCCUACGUACCAAGAAUCAUAUUCUUAGAUAACAAAGGUGAAGUGCAGAAAAACGUCACCAAUCCUAACACACCGGUCGAGGACGCUGCGUAUUUCUAUGAAAAUGCUACUGACAUCAUCAGCUCAAUGAGGAAGGUGUCUCCUGUACAUGGUUUAGAUAGAGGAUUCGGCAAGGAUAUAGCAUGGAUGACUUUUACUGAAGGACUGCAGCAUGCCAAGCAAAACAAGAAGCCUGCAAUGGUUAUAAUCCAUAAAACAUGGUGUGGAGCCUGCAAAGCACUUAAGCCACACAUUGCCAAAUCCACUGAGAUCCACAAGCUGAGUAAAAACUUUGCGAUGAUUAACGUAGAGGAUGACGAGGAGCCAAAAGAUGCAAAAUUCAACGUUGAUGGUCUGUAUUUUCCACGAGUAUUUUUCCUUGAACCCAGCGGUGAGGUAAUCAAGUCGAUCCACAAUACUAAGUUAAGAUACAUCAAAUAUAAAUACGCGUACGGCGAUGAAGAAACAGGUAGUUGGAAACCGAUGCUACUUGUCAUUCAUAAGAGUUGGUGCACGGCUUGUCAAUCGUAUUUACCGAAAUUCGCUUCAUCAAAUGAUAUCAAAGCACUUAGCAAAAAGUUUGUCAUGGUUAAUGUACAGGACGAAUUCGACCACACCGAUAAACGUUUUGACAUCGAUGGAGCCUACAUUCCAAGAACAUUCAUACUGAAUCCAAUGGGUGAAGUAAUGAAAGACAUUCACAACGAAGACACGCCCUACCCUGAGAACAAAUACUACUACUUCGAUGCGGAAUCAGUUGUUAAAUCGAUGGAAAAGGCUCUGGAUGAAGUCAAAAAGAUGAAAAAAAUCGAAACUAGGGAUGAACUUUAAAUUCUAAUUUCCUGUCUAACUUUUCUCAUACUUUAAUUAAUAAAAGGAAAAUAUAGAGUACAAACACUAAAACUGUGUAACACAAUUACCACUAAAUACUGCUAAAUUAUGCUAAUUCUAUUUUUU